CUUGUAAUGCGGGCAUUUGUUCGGUGGAGGGCCGAGCAUAGCGCUUAUCGGCGCCUUAUCGGUGCCUCUGGUAAACACAGGAAGUGAGUUGGGUUGGGCGGCGCCUCGCUCCUGGCACACACACAACACAUUCGGUCAUCAUGAAGGGUGUAUUGUCAAAACUGUUUGGAAAAAAAGACAAUAACAUAGUUGACGAUGUUGACAUCUCUAAGCCUGACAUGGUCAAGCACAAUAUCCAUGUCACAUACAAUAAAGAGACAAAUUGUUUUGAAGGAAUUCCAGAUGCAUGGCGGAAUAUAAUAGGAACUAACAUCAGUCAAGAUGAGGUGGAGAGCAAUCCAGAGGCUGCCAUAGCAGCAGCAAAAUAUUUUAAAUAUUCAAUAAAAAAAAAAGAGGAAACAGCAGUGAAGCCAAUACCCACACCAGAAACAAUUUUGGAAGAAGCAGAAGCUAUAGAAAAUAUUUUUGAAAAUGAAAAAGACAUUGGUGACCCAUCUGAUGUGCAUCAGAAUCAGGGUGCAAAUGGUUCAUCUAGUGCUACACACAAAGCCACCAAGAAAUCUGAUAGAAGAGACACUGACAGUCCUGUUCAGGUUCGAAGAAGAAACUCAGCCCUUUCUGAUGAUGAAAUAAUGGAGAAGUUCAGAGAACACUGUUCACCACUGAAUCCAGAGUCAGUUUACGAACGGGAUCAAGAACUUGGCGCUGGAGCCUCUGGUACUGUCUUCAUCGCAAAGGAGAAAACUUCAGGUCGAAUUGUCGCCAUAAAGGAUAUUGAUCUUGCCAAGCAACCGAAAAAGAAAUUAAUUCUAAAUGAAAUAGAGGUCAUGAAAAAUAUCAACCAUGAAAAUUUAGUCAACUUCUUAGAUGUAUUCUUAUUAAACAACCAUUUAUGGGUUGUGAUGGAGCUUCUUGAUGGAGGAGCCCUAACUGAUGUUGUCACAGAAACUAUUAUGAAGGAGACCCAGAUAGCUGCUGUGUGCCUUCACACCUUGAGAGGAAUAAAGUAUUUACAUGAUAAAGGUAUAAUCCAUAGAGAUAUUAAGUCAGAUAAUAUUCUCCUUGGUAAAGAUGGAUCUGUUAAAGUAACAGACUUUGGCUUCUGUGCUAACAUAUCUGGUGAUGAGAAACGUCAAACUAUGGUUGGAACUCCAUACUGGAUGGCUCCAGAGGUUGUUAAUCGAAAGCAAUAUGGUAAAAAAGUAGACAUUUGGUCUCUUGGCAUCAUGGCAAUUGAAAUGGUUGAGGGAGAACCACCUUACCUGAAAGAAACUCCACUUCGGGCCCUGUAUCUUAUUGCAGCUAAUGGAAAGCCUGAUGUGUCAUCAUGGGGCAAGUUAACUACAGAGUUUCAGGAUUUCCUGGAUCAGUGUCUUCAAGUUGAAGUAGAGAGGAGAGCAUCUGUAGAAGAAUUGUUAGAGCAUCAUUUCCUCACCAAGGCUGUCAGCACAACUACCCUCAAGCCUCUAAUAGAAGCAGCUCAAAAAAAUCUUGGUAAAAAAAUCAGUCAUGAUCUAUAAUGAAGUGGAUUUCAUUGAUUUGUCAUACUUUUAUGUAUGAGAAAAGUGACUUUCAAUGUGUAAAAUACCUGACCAGGCUAUAUUACUUAAAGAAAAGUAUUUAAUUCAAUGUAUGCUUAUAUUGAAAUUUUUUGUCAUGUCAUACAACAGCCAUAUCCUCUUCAAUCCAGUGAUGUAUUUAUUAUACUGUAAUUAGUUUAUUAUAGAAGAAAACAGGCUUGUAGCUGUUUUCUGUGGUUUGUGAUCUUCAGAAAAUUGUUGUGAAUAACUAUCAACUAUCAUCAGUGAUGUCAUGUAACCUGAUGUGGGUUUUUUUUAGGAAGCAACUCGCAGACAUGGCAUCAUUGCUUGGGUAGUUUUUCCCGCUAUCAUUGGCCUAUACUUAAGUUGUAAAGUGCCAGCUUAUACUGAUAAAAAUAAAUUCAAUGACAUCCUUACUAUACAAUGUGUGUCUCAUACUAUUAACCCACUGAACCCUGGGCUAUAAGUGCACAUUGCUACACCCCAAUCCUGGGCAUUUUCACUUUUUUUCUUCUAAAAUGGUCAGAAUGACUACAUUUAGAUACCAUCAGUGCUGAUCUUGAGAAGCAGCAGAGAGUGAGAGACAGUAGGCUAUGUUAAUGAAAACGGAAUUUGCUCCACAAUUUGAGAAUAGGCCAAUGAGCAGAGCAAAGACCAUCACCACAGCAAUGAUGCUAACAUUCUCUCUUUCAAAUGAGUAGAACAGAUAGAUACAUAAUUAGAGAGAGAGAGAGAGAGAGAAGCAGGCAGGGGGAGGGGGGCCUCAAGGUUAUCUCCAUUAUUGCACAGCCCAGGGAAAGGGGUUAGCUACUGUUCAGCCUGAUAAAGCUUGCAUUACUCUUUUCAAAAUUAAAUAAAAAUAUUAACUUGAACAUCGUAAAUAUGCUGAAAUACCAAAUUUGUACUUAAAUAAUAUGUUAUCAUGGCUGUAUUAAUAUUAGGUCUGAAAAAAUAUGUACUGUUUGUUAUGUAAUAUGUAAUGAAAGUGUUGAACUAAUAGAAUUUAGCCUAAGUGAGAAAUCAUAUAUAUAUGUACGUACAAUGGAUAAAAAAUUGUCCUAUAGUCAAGUAA